CUAGAGAAGAUCCGGAAAAUGUGUAGUCCAAUAACAAUAUUAGUCGUGUGCGGCAUUCUCUCCCAUUUGACAGCUGCCAAUGUGGUCCCCAGAACGCAAGUCCACGAAAUUGACGGCAUACCGAAGGAAAUUCCAGUGGAUAUUACACCAUUUAAGAAAAUCGGCUCCAAGUACUACUUUAUUGAAGAAAGCGUUAGGCUGAAUUGGUUCAACGCAGACCAUAAAUGUCGCCAACUGGGUGGUCAUUUGUUGCAUUUGGAGUCCGAGGAGGAGCAUGAGGCCAUUAAACAGCAUUUGAACGUUUUUCAUUACUGGACGGAUAUAACAGAUCUAGGGCAGAGCGGCAAUUAUGUUUCGACUACCACAGGCCUAAACGCCACAUUUUUAAAUUGGCAUCCAAAUCAACCUGAUAAUCAAGGUGGCAAAGAACAUUGUGUCCACAUGUGGGAUAUCAACCUUUUAAUGAAUGAUUUAGAUUGCAGUUAUGCUUUACGUUUUGUCUGCGAAACAAAUAGCCCGCGUACUGUAUCAGUAGUUGUUUGGUAAAGAAAAAAACCAGAAAAAUAUUAUGGACCUUGGUAAAAUAGUUAACGAACUAAUCAACUUAUUUUGGAUUAUAUAAAGAAUUAGACAUUAA